UGUUCUCUCCGCUCCACCGUGCAGACUCCUCUCCCCCUCCAUAAACCCUAAUCCCAAAAUCCCCAGGCGGCGGCGGCGGCGGCUAGGGGCGGUGGAAGGGGAGCUGCACGGGUGCUUCCCCUUCUUCGCGGCGGCACGAGCUCGAUCCAUCCGCGAGGCGGCGCCAUGGCGGGGGAGGCUCCGCCGCCCGCCCCGCCGGAGAUCCCCACGAGAUGCCACCACUGCGCCGGGCCCCUCUCCAAGGACAUGGAAACAAGCAGCUGGACGGUGCCUCCACUGGUUCGAGAUAGCUUCUCUAUGAUUGGUUCUGCUAUUGGUGGUACAGCUGGCGCAUUUUAUGGUUUCAACCACACUAUGCCUGUUGUUCGACGGUACAUAAAAGGACCAAUGUGGAUACACUUUCUUGUUGGUGCACCUCCAGUUAUUGUCCUGUCUUCUGCAUGCGCUGGGUUAGCGGGUGGGACAAUACCAGCGCUUGCACAGCUGGUUUCAUCAUCCUAUCACUCCGCCACAGCGUCAUCCUCUUUUGCCUGCACAACAUCUCGCGAUGAUAUGCACAAGGCCAGAAGUUCCUCGACAUUCUGACCUGCAGACUUAAGUUGCAGCAAAUUGUUAGCUGGAAUCCUAACUAUCCAAAACACCAUAUACUAUAAUAAAUGUGCAUGUGUACUUCUAAUCUGUUUUAUGAGGGAUGCUUUUGUAAAUGGUAAAAAUUUACCCAGUAUUAUAUAUGUUCCACAGUUUUGCAUA